AUGACAAAUCACCAGAAUAUUCUCCACAUAUCAAAUUUGACAGCAAACACAAAAGAGAGGAUGGAAUACCAGGUUAACCAUCGCUAUGCAGAAACUUUUCUUGGCACCGACAACACUUCGGAAAGUUUUGACUACAAUGCAAUGCUUGACAUCUUUAUGGAGAAUGAAAGUGCUUUUGACCGGACGACGGAGAGCAUAAUAAUAACGGUGUUUUCCCUGUUGAUAAUGUUUGGGUCCCUUGGCAACGGUCUGGUUUGUUUUGUCGUCUUCCGAAAUGUACAAAUGCGGACACCACGGAAUAUCUUCAUCAUUAACUUAGCUAUAUCCGAUUUAACAUUAUGUCUAUUCACACAACCACUCAACUUGUAUCGGCUUUUGAAUAAUCAGUGGCAUCUAGGAUCAUUCAUGUGCAAAUUUUCUGCCAUGCUACAAGGAACAAACGUGUUUGUCUCGACAAUAAGCAUUACUGCCAUUGCCCUAGAUCGCUUCCAGGUGAUUGUCUACCCGUCGAAAGAUAGUAUGAAGAAGAUCGGAGGAGCAGCCGCUUUGAUAACUAUUUGGAUUAUUUCUCUGCUCAUGUCAAGUCCUCUGAUUAUUUUCUCAGUAUACAACCAAGAACAGCCCAUACCGGAAAUUGACUUUUAUUUCCGCUACUGUUCUGAGGACCGGACACUGCGCGCGGAAAAGGGUGCCUAUUCAGUCGCCUCAAUGGUUGUACAAUACAUUCUUCCAGUGAUUACAGUGUCGGUUGCACAUGCGCGGAUAUGUAACAAACUGAAAUACAGAAUGGUGAAUAGGCGGCCGCCGAGAAGCUCAGGGGAGCCGAAUGGGAAAAAUUUGAAUGCUGGUAGCGCGAACAAAAGCAAGGAGGGUCGAGCGGCAAGAAAACGUAAAACAAAUAUCCUUCUGGCAAUGAUUGCAAUCGUGUUCGUCUUGAGUUGGCUGCCCUUAAACAUAAGCAACAUUCUUGUUGACUUUCAGUUUCAGUUAUUCCAAGAUGUUGACGUAAAUCUUGUAUUUGUUAUAUGCCAUAUGCUCGUAUUAAGCUCGGCGUGUUCAAAUCCGGUUUUGUAUGGCUGGCUUAACGACAACUUCCGUAAAGAAUUCAUGAAAGUGUUACGAUGUGACAAGUGUACCAAAUGUAGCAUUCUUAACGGACAGCUUUCGUGUGUGAAACGGCCGCAGGACAGGGGAAUUCCGGUCAUAACGUUUUCUCCCGACGAAAAUUGUGUUGCAAUGAACGGUUUUGCGAACAGCGCAUCUCGCAGGCCCACAACAACUUCACAGAUGUUCAUGACAACUGAUAUCGACCACUCGUGUGCACAAUCGGCCGUCUCUCUGUGACCAGCAUACAGAAUUACUUUUCUUUCUAUUAUAAUAGUUGCCAUUAG